AUGGGAUAUAGUCUAUCAGCUUUAGUUUCUACCAAUCCGUCGUCACUUUCUUAUUUUGACAUAUCAUUUUUGACUUUUGAAGCAGUACUAGAGGUUGUUAUAAUAUGCUGUGCUGGGUUUGUUGCUGCCAAAACCGGUCUAUUGACCACUCAGGGCCAGAAAACUUUAUCAUCUUUGAAUGUUGAUUUGUUCACCCCGUGUUUAAUAUUUACCAAGCUUGCACCCAACUUGUCGUUUAGUAAGUUAAUCGAAAUCAUUAUCAUACCGAUUUUUUACGCUGUAUCCACAGGAGUGUCUUAUUGGAGCUCCCGAAUAGUUAGCAGGGCUUUGAGCUUGAACAUUCCUGAGACAGAUUUUGUCACUGCUAUGGCAGUCUUUGGUAAUUCAAACUCGUUACCGGUGAGUUUAGUUUUAACAUUGAGCUACACCCUUCCUGACUUGUUGUGGGACGACGUGGAAGACGACAACACCGAUAAAGUCGCUGGUAGAGGGAUAUUGUACUUGUUAAUUUUCCAGCAAUUGGGACAGGUAUUGCGUUGGUCCUGGGGGUUCAACACAUUGUUAAGAAAGCGUUCGCAGUUAGAGUUGAACACAUAUUACACUAAACAUGGCAAGAUUGUCUUGCACGAAAAUUGUCGUUUGAUUGAAGGUGAGGAUGAGCAGUUUUUGUACAUGGAUUCGAAUCAACAAGACGAAGACGAAGAGCUAGAACAACAGACAGAAACAACAAGGGAAAUUUCGUUGUCAGAAGACGAAGACAACAAUAGCAAACCAUUUACAGCAUUUAUUUGCCAGCUCCCUGGGGUUAAACAGUUUUUGUCAUUUAUGAACCCGCCACUUUAUGCCAUGUUGGUAUCCAUUAUAGUUGCAUCAAUCCCAUAUUUGAAGAAUUGGAUUUUUGACAGCGAACAAAACUCCAUCGUUUACAACACAUUCACCAAAGCGGUCACCACUUUAGGGGGUGUUUCCAUCCCACUAAUCUUAAUAGUCUUGGGGUCAAACUUGUAUCCCUCGAACGACAUCCCACCACCAUCAAAGCACUACAACAGAAUAUUAUUUGGGUCAUUAUUAUCGAGAAUGAUCUUGCCCAGUGUCGUGUUGUUGCCAAUAAUAGCCAUGUGUGUCAAGUACAUCAAGGCAUCAAUUUUGGAUGACCCGAUUUUCUUAAUCGUUGCGUUCAUAUUGACAGUUAGUCCUCCAGCUAUACAGUUGUCGCAAAUCACCCAGCUCAACAACGUUUACCAGAAAGAGAUGAGCGGGGUUCUAUUUUGGGGGUACGUUGUGUUGGUAGUUCCAACCACGAUAUCGAUCGUUGUUUGCUCCUUAAAAGUUUUAGAGUGGGCAAAGCAAUAG